AUGAGAAGACAUCCCAUGUUAUUACAAAUAAGUCCAUAUAGAUUUGCUGAUUUAAUAAUUGAUUCAAUUGAAGAAUACAAGUUAGUAAAAUUUAUUAAAAGUAUUGAUUAUUAUUCUGAAUAUUUUGAAUGUAUAAAUGGAAGUCGUAACAAAUUAAGCAUUGAAAAUAUGAUACAUAAUGAGAUUGAAAAUAAAAUUAUUAUUAAGGCUAUUUAUCAAAAUUGCUCAAAUCUUAUUUACCUUAAAUUAUUGCUUAUAAGUGAAAAUAUUUUAGAAUUAGAGCAAUUAUUAAUUAAUUGUCAAUAUUUAAUUGGAUUAUAUUUUAUUAACAAAAACAUAUUUGAUUGGGAUAAAUUAUUCGAAAUAUUAUUUAAAUAUAAGUUUAAUAAAUCAAUUAAACUAAUUAAACUGGAAUCCUUAAUAUUAUUUAUUAAUAAUUGGAAAGGAAGACAUCUCAUGUUAUUACAACUUGAUUUACAUGCAUCUACUGAUUUAUUUGAUUUGAUAGAAGAAUAUAAAUCAGAAGGAAUUAUUAAGAAAUUUUAUUAUUUACAUAGUGAAUUUAAAGAUUUUGAAUGGUGA